AUGAAUUUCUCUUCUCUUCUCCAAAUUCUACUCCUCGUUUCCUUUCCGAUCAUCGGAUCCGGAACCCGUGUACAGUGUGAUAUCGUUCUCGAGUGUGACCUAGAGACAAGCUGUUACUCUCUCAAGGGUGGCUUUCCAUUCGUGUAUGGAAAGCAGAAGGACGAUUCUCGAGGUAAAAAGUACAGCAUGUUCUUGGCGAGGAACGUGGAGACACUCCGCUGCGUUCUACUGGACGCCGAGCAAUACGAAUUAGAAACAUUGAGACAUCCGAGGAUGUCGAUCCCCAGACACAAAACCAAUAAUGAGAUAAAUCAGUACCGAUGCGAAUUUUGCAAUCAGGUAUUCACCAAGUCCUGUGCCUUCAGAAGUCACGUAGCUACGCACGGAAAUAUUCAUUACGGCUGCAGCAAGUGUCAUUACCGCAGCAAGAAGAAAGGAUGGGUUUUGAAACAUAUCAAAGAGGGUCAUAGGAAGCGUGGAAGAGUCAUUUCUUACAAUUUCAAGCUGACUGAUGAGGUCCUAGAAUCUUUGGGUGCAACAAACGUUGAUGGUACAGGAACUUCAAAUGUUUCGAAUACUACUGGUUCAGGAGCUCCGGGUGCUUCCACCUCAGAUGACCUAGGAACUCCAGGUGAUUCUACAACUGAUGGGCCAGGAACAUCUGCUGCCUCAUCGUCGGAUCGCACAGGAACCUCUGUUGUUGAAGCCAGCACAGCGCUCAACGUCGUUACAAGCAACACAAAUUCGGUCGCACAUGCUUCUUCGGCUUCCUCUCUUCCCAGAGCGCACAAUAUCUUCAGCAACUACGGAACACGUGGAACAAUCAAGAAAAGGAAGUUGGAGGAUCAUGCUGCACAAUCUCCCACAAAUGGAUCUGCGUCGAGCUCUGUUCCACGUAAGAUGAUUCUGAACAAUUUUUCUCAAAAUAUAGAUUUUUCAGCACUCCCGGUGUCGAAAAGUACUAUGAGCCGAACAACACCAGCUUCAAAGGUUGCGGUCUUAGCCCAAUCUUCUACUUCAACUCCCAUUGUCAGUGUCGGGACUCCAUCGAACCGCUCCGUAACUCAUCCUGUGAAUGUCUCCAUCCAUGUCACAAGAAGCAGUACUGCUGCAUCAUCUCAGAAGGUUGCUGCUCCAGCUGCUCUGAAGGUCUCACCUAAGGAUCAGAAUUCUGAAAUUGCUGCUUCGUCAGUUAAGAACGUUGCUUCUACUGAUUUGAAGAUUGCAUCUAAGUAUAGGAAAGUGGAAACAUCUACGUCUUCAGUUCAGAUGGCUGUUCCCACUACUUCGAAAAUGGUAGGAAAGGAACAAAAGGCUGCACAAACUGUUGCAAAUGGAACUGCAUUGACUCCAACUGUCACUGUCGGGACUCCGUCGAAAGCCGCCGUUGCUCAAACUGUGAAUACUCCAAUCCACGUCACAAGAAGCAGUACAUCACGAGCUGACACUCCACCGCCGAGAAAAACAUUUACCCUAUCUCCAUCUCCCAAGCGUACGCCAGGAUUUGCUUCAAAGACAGCUACACCAACUCCACAGGAUGUUGCCUUACACAUUUCUACCCGAUCAGGAAGUACUAUUUUGCCAACUCGAGUCAAAGCGACUUCAAGAUCUGUCGUAUCAAACAGAGCGAUGCAAUCUUCAAAGCCCGUUUUACGAUCUGCCUCCUUCACUAGCAGACUUAUUUCGAUUUCUGGAAAGUAUGGAGAGCCGACUUCAAAUACUACAACUCCAAGAUCAUCUUCUCAAGCUGCGAAUCCUUCUUCUUCUUCAAAGGCUAAUGCAACACGACCAGGUGCUAGUACUGCUACAAAAGAAUCUACACCAACAGCGAAAAAAGUUUCCCAAUCUCCAACGGUUUCGACUCCGACUGCGGUCAAAUCAAUUAAAUCCAAUAAAGAGGAUGCGAAGCGAGUAGAAGUGAAUGUUUCAUCACCGGCAGAACCUACAGUAGAAGAACCUGAGGAAGAACCAGAGGAGGAACCAAAAAGGAAACCAGAGGAGGAACCAGAGGAGGAAGAAGAUCUCAAAAUGUACUCAACUCCAAAAAUGGCUCCAGCGGAUUCAAAAGUUGUUUCAACAGUUCCAUCAACGGAGAAGAUGACUUCUGCUCUAUCGACUCCAAAAAGAAAUGGAGUUGCUUCUGACACUUCAAAAACAGCAAUCGACGCUUCAAAGAUUGCAUCCAAUGCACAGACAGGUGGAACAACUACAUAUUUAGCUCAGAAGGUUGGUCUUACUACAUCGAAUGUCGCCUCCGAGAAUCAGCAUGUUGGAAGAGCUACAUCAAUGGCUCAUCAGGUUGCUCCAACUUCUCUCAAGAUUUCUUCGACUGCUCCUGAGGUCUUAUCCAAGAAGCAGAUAAUUGAAACUGCUCCAUCUUCAGCUCAGAAGUUGGAUUCACCUACUCCGAAGGCCGAAAGCGAGGUUAAGCAAAUCGAAACAGCUGCAUCGUCAGUUGGCAAGGUAGCUGUUCCAACUGAUCUCAAGGUUGCACCCAUGGAUCAGAAGAAUGAAAUCGAUUCAGUUCAAACAGUAAUUUCCACUGUACCAAAUGUCGAAUACGAGGAUUUGAAAAUCGGAAAACCUACGUCUUCAGCUCAGAUGGUUGCUCCCUUUACUUUGAAAGUCGCUUCCAAUGAUCAUGAUGUUGGAACAUCUACAUCUUCAGCUCAACGGAAUGCUCCAACUUCUCCGAAGGCAGCUUCGGCUGCUCCUGAGGUCGCAUCCGAAAAGCAGAUAAUCGAAACUGCUGCAUCUUUAGCUCAGAAAGUGGAUUCGGCUACUCCGAAGACCGAAAUCAAGGAUAAGAAAAUUGAAACAGCUGCAUUGUCAGUUCAAAAAGCGUCACCACCUAUUCCAAAUGUUGCACGCGAUAAUCUGGAUGUUACAACAGCUACAUCAUUGGUUCAGCAGGUUGCUUCAACUUCUGCAAAGUUUGCUUCGACUGCUCCAAAGGUCGUAGCCAAGAAGAAGUUAAUUGAAACUGCUGCAUCUGCAGCUCAGAAGGUUGUACUGAAUGGUCCGAAAAUUGCACUUACUGAUACGAAGAUUGAAACGACAACAUCGUCAGCUCAGAAAGUGGAUUCAUCUACUCCGAAGUCUGAAAUCAAGGAUGAAAAGGCUGUAUCUUCAGUUCAAAUGGCGUCAUCACCUAUUCCGAAGGUCACACCUGACGAUCAGGAUGUUGGGGCAGCUACAUCAUUAGCUCAGCAAGUUGCUCCAGCAUCUCCGGAGGUUGCUUUGUUUUUUCCUGAGGUCGUAUCGAAGAAGCAUAUGGAUGAAACAGUAACAUCGUCAGCUCAAGAGGUGGAUUUUCCCACUUUGAAGGACGAAAUCAAGGAUAAGAAGGUUGAAGCUGCUGCAUCAUCGGUUCAAAAGGUGUCACCACCUAUUUCGAAGGUCGCAUCCAACGACCAAAAAGGAGUUGUGUCUUCAGCUCAUAAGGUCGCAUCAAAUGUUUUGAAAUGCGAAGCUGCUACAUCUUUAUCUCAGAAGGUACCUAAAACUACUUCGAAUUAUGCAUCGAACGAUCAGAAAUUUCAGACAGCCACGAAAGUUGCUUCAACUGCUAAGGUCACAAUCCUGGAUCAGAAAAUGGAAACUGCUUCAUCUUCAGCUCAGAAAGGUUCUGCUCCGAUUGUUACGGAAGUUGCUACUCCAUCUGUUCCAACAGUUGCACUUAUAGGCCAGAAAGCUGAAACAGCCGCAGUCCGAAAUCUUGUUGCAACUAUUUCGAAGAUCACAGCUAAGGUUGAGAAGGUUGGAACUGCCACGUCUUCAACUGGGAAAGCCGCUUCAGUUCGAAGGGUCACAUUCAACGAUCAGUAUGUUGGCCCAACAUUACCUUCAGGCAAGCCUGCUCCAACUAUUCUGAAGAAAGCAUCUAAGCGUAAGCACGCUGAAUCAUCAGUACAGCAGGUUGUUGAUCCAAUUGUUCGGAAGGACAUAUCCAAGAAAAAGAAGACUGCUUCACCUUCAGCAAAUAAGAUCACGGAAACGACUUUAGCAGUUGAUACAACCCCAACUUCGGUUCAGAAGGUUGCUGAAGCUGCUCCAAAGAUCCCGGCCACUGCUCAGCCAGUUUUUCCAAUUACCAUCUAUACAGAUAUGCCGGUUCUGACAACUCUUCCUGCUGAAAAGUCAACUAUUCCAGACGUCCAAGAGUCUACUCCACAUGUCCUGACAGCUUCUAGAAUUGUCAAAAAAGCUGCCAGACGCAAGCCAAGCUCCGCAUCAACAGUUGCUGAGAAAACUCUAUCCGACGAUGAGGCCCUAAUGCUCUUUGAUGAUGCACCCACACUGGAUGGGCCAUUCGAGAAAACAGAAGAACCUCCACCAAAACGUCAAAAAGUUACAAUUCCGGUUCCAACAUCACCGUUUUCACCUCGGAAAACGUUAUCAACAACUCACCAGCCUGGACGACGAUACACGCUGAGAACGGCCAUGAUUGAAUCGAGACGUGCAAUGCUUGCUGCUCCAGAAUCAGAUUCGAAUUCGGAGUCGGGUUCGAAUGAAAGUUCAAAGCCACCCACAUCUGGAGCGCCAGAGAGACAAUCAUUUCCAAUCCUAGAAUCACCGACUUCUUCAGAACCACCGCCACAACUAUAUCCAGAGCCAGAGCAACAACUGUCUCCAGUCCCAAAGCUACCGACUUCUUCAGAUCUAGAUCUACAAAAGUCUUCGUAUUCAGAUGCACCGACUUUUCCAGAAACAGCGCCGCGACUAUCUCCGGAACCAGAACGAGAAUCAUCUCCAGUCCUAGAGCCACAACAAUAUCUAAAUCUAGAGCCACCCGGUUCUCCAGAACCGGUGCCACAGCUAUCUCCACGUCCAGAUCCACCCAAUUCUCCAGAACCAGAGCCAUUGAAUCUCGAAGUUUUGGCACCUCAAAACAGAGACCGCAGUAGAGCGCCGGAACAGCCUGUACAACUGCAAGCCGUCUAUCAAACGCAGUGUGCACUAUCUCCAGCCACUCUUGACCGAUUUCCCUAUACUUGCCACUUGUGUCCAAGCCGUUUCGCAAACCACACUCGAGCGUCAUUCCACAUCAUGUCUCACCGAAAAUCAGACCAUCUUGCUCCAAAGGAAGUAAAAAAACUCUGGGAGAAGCGUCAAUUAUCUAAUAAGACGUAUAAGCUUGAAUCUAAGAAUUUCCGAAAAUGGAUAAAUUGUCCAUUUCUCAGCUGCCCUCCCGAAAAAAGAAACAUCACUAUGCAUCCCAUGGGGAAGAAAUAUGAUCCCAAUGGCGAGGAUACCAAGAAUCAAGCAAUGUAUACUGGAGCAAAUGGAUCGCUGCCAGGAUCGUCUUCUGGAUUCAUAGGCCCGCUCGUUCAACCACCAGUUAAGUGGCUAGCGAGAAAGGAUCUUAUGGUGGGACCUAUGAUCAACUACGGACAAAAAAUGAUCUAUGAGAAGAAAAUCCAUUUUCUUUGCUCGCAGUGCCCUUACGUCAACUCGGAUAUUUCGUCUCUCCAGCGCCACUUCCGCCAUCACAUGCACGAAUUCAGGCGGACCUGGAGUUGCACCCAGUGCUCGUACAGUUCUUACCAUUUUGCUGAUGUCUAUAAGCACGUCAAACUUCACAUGGAUAUUCCAGAAAGUGAAACAGAGGUAACCGUGAUUAGUACAUUAUCUCAAAACCUUACAACUUUUUUUCAGUUCAAACGUUGGGUUCACUACGAAAACAAAAUGGACAAUGCUUAUAGAAAGAUGAGUCUAGUGAAAAACAGAACCGUAGAGCCAGCGGUCCCGAUGUCAACUCCGAGCACUCGUCAACUUCGUGGAAGGUCGAUGGAGGUUGAACCAUCUACUCGUGUUCUCCGCACCAGAAAAUCUACCACAUCCAGUGCACCACCAGCAAAACGGAGAGCAACCGAUUCGAGCAAGAAGGAAGCAUCGGAAAGCAACACGAGACCAAAUACGAGGCAAAGCGCUAGAGCCAAGCAAGCGCCCAGUCAACCUCCCAGUGAUGGUCCGCGCACUAGAUCCAGACGGAGUGCCAGUGCGAAGCAGGAAAGCUACGAGUCAAUCAAAGAUGUAAAUCCAGAAGCUGAAGUCGGUGACAACCAUCCGACUGAAACUAACAACGUUUCGGAUAACAGAGUUGAAGAUGACCAUCAGGCACAAAGCUCAUCGACCACCGACCAGCCUAACCUUAGCUCAUUUGGUCCACGAUUUUACGUCCGAGGCUCUGCUCAAGAGGAAUGCCAAGUGGAUGAAAUGAUGAGAACGUUCUUUAAGUGGAGAGAGGGCAAACCAUUCAAACCGAAGAAGAAGCCAGAUCCCGACUCAAUGACUCCACUCCAACGUUUGCAGCGUGGUUACAAUGUGGGAUUGGGUCUUUUUGGUAAUAAAGAUUUUGGUCUUAAUCGCCCACGAAAGGAUUGGGACAAGGAGCUAGACUGUGAAAUCUCGCGCCAGUGCAUCGACUGUGGAUAUAGAAAUCAAAACAUCAUUGAGUUCCGCAAGCACCGCGACGGACACUAUGAGAAUCCGAUGAUUUGUAAACUCAAAUGCGAUGAAUGCAACUUCAGAGCUUCUUACAUGGAGCGCAUCGUCCAUCACAACAUCGAAACACAUCAUUUACGCGAUGUCAGACUCCUCGAAAGCCUUCCUGAAUUCGAGCCAGAAGAGGUGGAGGGACCGAUUCGUACCACUCAGAAGAGACGCCGCAAACGUCGCUGGUGA